UCAGUCUGAAACGAGUGGCAGUUGGUAAAAGUCGAUUUCAUCAGAAAGCGUAAGUUGUCGUUCGGUGGUGAUUUUUCUAAAAAAUAAAACUCCUUUACUAGAAAUGCCUAAAGGAAGAGCUAGAGGUGGCGGUCAUAAGGGUCAACGUCGGCAUUUUACAAAUCCGGACGAAUUAGAAGCACAACAGGAAAAGGCCGAAAAAGAAAGAAUUUGGAGGGCAAAACACGGAGACAUAGAAAGUGAUGAAGAAGAGGAAGAAGAAUCUAGAAGUUCGUCAUCAGAAGAGGAGGAGGAAGAAGGAGGAGAGGUCAAAGCAAAAGGAGUGCAGCAUUUGAUCGAAGUUAGCAAUCCCAAUCGCACCGCUGCAAAAACAAAAAAAGUACCGCUUUUAAACGAAAAUACCGAACUGCCUCAAUUAUCUCGAAGAGAAAGGGAGGAAUUAGAACGUCAGAAAGCUAAAGCACAUUACAUGAAACUGCAUGCAGCGGGAAAAACGGAACAGGCUCGACAAGACAUGGCCCGCCUGGCAAUCAUAAGAAAACAGAGAGAAGAGGCGGCCCGAAAAAGAGAAGAAGAGAAAAAAGCCAAAGAGGCAGCACUGAAUGCAAAAACUGAAGCCGUAAACAAGGCACUUGGCAAGAAGACUUGACACCGACACGAGUAGAGUUACGUUCGGCCAAGCGCCGGUGUACAAACAAAGAAGAUCCAGCGUCCUGUCGCUUUUGGCAGUCGAAACGAUACUGUGUCACGGCAUUUUCUCCUCUUCUAUUAUCAAAAAAAUUUACACCAGUUUUUUUUCCCUUAAACUUCAAAAAUAUUACAAAGCAAAAAAAAAAGAAAAAUAAAUGUGAGGAUACAACCGCAGUGGGGUAAAACCCUUACUGAAUCUGUGAGUCUUUGCAAACAUCAAUCUUUUCAAAUAUGUAGUUAAAAAUCUUAAUUUGAUGAGGUCUGAUAGAAUUUAAUAACUGUUGUAUCCAUUAAAAUUUUAUAUUGGUUCAUAAAAUACUCUAGUGUGGACUCUAAUAAAAUAUCGGAAUAAACUUUA